CAUCUUACGAAGAAGGGAUACAAAACGCUGUCGUAUAAGCGAAGAAGGAUAUAAAAACAGACGCCGAGAAGAGAAAGUCCCGCUAAUGGAUACCGUUCUCAUGGCUACAACACAACCAAUCAGAUAUCUUCAUGCUUCGAUUCCUACGGUAUCUCGUUCGCCGGCGAUUUAUCAGGUCAGCUGCCGUAGCUCAAGACUCUUGUCCUACCGAUCGACGACUAUGAGCACGUGUUUUCUCAGACGGUCCGAUUUGAGAUCUCGCUUCCUUAGUACUACUUUUCCGAUGAGACAUGGCUUUUCCGUCAAUGCUUCGACGGAGCAGUCUACAAUUCCUUCUAAUCGGAACCAUAUUGUGGUUAACUCCGUCGUCAUCGUAGCUUUAGCUGUAGCUAAUCGCGUGCUCUACAAACUCGCCUUGGUUCCCAUGAAACAGUACCCAUUUUUCAUGGCUCAGCUCACCACUUUCGGCUACGUCUUCAUUUAUUUCACCAUUCUGUAUACGAGGCGCCGUCUAGGCAUUGUGACAAAUGAAAUGAUGGCUGUACCCAAAUGGAGAUUCGCAAUCAUUGGUUUUCUUGAAGCUAUUGGAGUUGCCACUGGCAUGGCUGCAGCAGCCAUGCUUCCUGGACCAGUAAUACCCAUUUUGAAUCAGACGUUUUUGGUGUGGCAGCUGCUUUUUGCUCUUCUUAUUUUAGGCAGGAGGUUUUUGCUUAACCAAAUUGCUGGUUGUUUCCUUGUGGCUGUGGGCGUUGUGGUGGCGGUUGCAAGUGGAUCUGGUGCAGAUACUACGCUAUCUGGUAUUGGUUUCUUAUGGCCUGCUGUAUUGGUAGCAUCUGCUGCUUUUCAAGCUGGUGCAUCUAUCAUAAAGGAAUUUGUUUUCAAUGAUGCUGCAAAGCGUCUUGAGGGAAAGCCACUGGAUUUAUUUGUGGUAAAUUCAUUUGGAUCUGGAUUUCAGGCUCUUUUUGUGUUCCUGUUGUUGCCUUUUCUCUCAAACUUGAAAGGCAUUCCAUUCGCCAGCCUUCCUUCUUAUCUAAAAGAUGGUGCCGGCUGCUUCUUCAACACUGGAGCUAAGAUUUCUGGCUGUGAUGGUGCCCCUAUACUCCCACUACUCUAUAUAGCCACCAAUCUCGCUUUCAACAUCUCAUUGCUUCAUCUGGUGAAAAUAUCUUCAGCAAUCGUUUCCUCUCUCGCUGUGAUGCUCUCAGUGCCAUUAUCGGUGUACGUAAUGUCAAAACCAUUGCCGUAUCUACCGGGAGGAUCAAGCUUGAGCUCAAAUUUCACGAUGGGGUGUAUAGUUCUGGUCCUAGGUCUUCUUCUUUACAACAUUCCCACUACUCCAACUAAACAACACACCAAGACCUCCUAACACACUCUCUCUCUCCAUUCAUUCUUUUCGUGCAUACUUUUUUUUUUGUUGAUAAACUAAACUGGUUCGCGUAAUUUCCGAAUAUUUUUCCAUAUCCUUUGACCAUUAUAGAUACAUAGAAUAUUCAGUUUGCCCAAAAAAAAAAAUUACAGAAUAUUCUCAGA